AUGGUUUUGUUUAGAAGGUUCUCAUUUGUGAGGCUUGCAGAGCACAUUGUAAUUAUAACUUAGCCUAAAAGAAGAGAAGGGCUAUUAAACGCAGAUGUCAUGAAUGAGCUGAUGAGAACCAAGACAAUGAAAUUCAAAGAAAGAAUGAUUUAUUUAGCAAAACGAGAAAAAAGAUUUUUAUUCAUUUUAGGAGGAUUCAUAGGCGCAACUAAUUUAUUUUUACAAACCAAAGUAGCUGUUAUUAUGACGCAUUCUAUAGCUGAAUUGUGAGUGAAAGGGAAAACUUUUUUAGUCCCUGAGGUAAAAUACGAUCCUUGCUCUUUACAAACCAGAGGAAAAACAAAUUUAGAUACAGAGAUUGAAAAUAAACUUGCUGAUUUAUUUAUAAAAAUAGAUCUAGCGGCGCCUGAAGGUGUUACUGGGCAGCUUUUGAGAGAUAUUUGUAGAGAAAUGGGAAAAAGUAUUGAGUUUCCUGAUGAGAUCAGCAUCAAUGAAUUUCUGAAAAUUUUGGAAAAAAAUAAGGUUGAUGACAAAUUUGUAGGAGUAUUUGAAGAGAAAGUAAAAUAUUAUGUGGAAAAAGUUAAUGCAUGGCAAGAAAAAAUAAAAAAUGAUAUAGACGGAAUUAAAAAGCAGGUAGGAGAAUUCAAUGAAGAAAUAAAAACAAAAGAUGAUGCUGAUUAUUUAGAAUUACAUAUGAAAGUUUUAGGGAUUAGAAAGCAAGAACUUCAGAAAAAGCUUAAAAAGACACCAAAUGACUCCAGAUUAAAAUUGAAACUUAGUGAUCUUGAAGCAGAAAUCGCUUCAACAAAAGAAAAACAGACUCAUAAAGCUAAAAAAUAA